AACCUGCAAAAAUAUAAACACACACGCCACACCUCUCUUCCCUCUUUAGUCUUUAGCUUAACUGAACUGAAGACGCCGUGUGCACAGCUACGUGCAUCAUCAUGCUGCAAUUCUAGUCCCCCAUUAGUAAUCAAAUAGAUUCAUCAGCCCCACGACGCGUCGCGUCGCUCGAGCGGCUGGCCUUCGACCCACUUGAAUUGCAUCAUCCGAGUGGAGUAGCAGCGGCAUCGAUGCAAUACUCGACACCGCUGCUUCGCUCUUUGGUCAGCCUCUAGGGGCAGGUUCUGUUUGUUUUUUAAUAAGAGACAUAAACUAUACUAGAUCGAACGUCACUAAUGCCUAGCCUAGCUAGUACUGGAUCAUUAUAUAUACGGUGUAUAUGUGUGGCCCUAUAAAUACACCUGUAGUUUGAUCUUCUUGUUCUUCAUCUUCUUCUAACUCUUCUUCUUGGAUUAGAAUUCAGAGAUACCAAUUGGGUUCAGAGAUUGAUCGAUCGGUAGCAGUAAAUCGAAAUUCGAGAGUGUGAUCGAUUUUGAGAGAUGAUGAAGAGAUUGUUCGAGGAGAAGGAGAUGGCGCGCGUGCUGCUGCUCGUGUCGUCGCGGGGUGGCCAGGCCAUGCCGAUGCCGAUGCCGGUGUGUGGGCGUGGUGACCGCGCCCUGGGCGCGCCGGCAGAGCGCGCGUUCGUGUGCAAGACGUGCGACCGCGUGUUCCCGUCGUUCCAGGCGCUGGGCGGCCACCGCGCGAGCCACAAGAAGCCGCGGCUGGACGGCGACGGCGGCGACCUCGCGAAGCCCAAGCUGCACGGCUGCUCCGUCUGCGGCCUCGAGUUCGCCGUCGGCCAGGCGCUCGGCGGCCACAUGCGCCGCCACCGCGCCGCCGCCAUGGCGUCGCCGCCGACUUCCCCGCCGGCGCCGGAGACGAAGACGUUCAAGAAUCACGGCGGCGUCAAGCGCGGGCUAGUGUGGCUCGACCUGAACCAUCCACCGUGCGGCGAAGACAGUGACUUCGGGUGCGGCAGCGACGCCGAUGGCGGCGAGUGUGGCCGCGACAUGGCCGCCGCAGCCAAGCUCACGUUCCACCAGUUCCUGGACACCGGCACCAUGGCCGUGGACUGCGUCGGCUACUAGGAUCUCUCCUCUCACUCUCUAUUGCCGGGUUUUUGCCGGACAGUACAAUACUUCUGCAUAUGUGCCAGUACUACUUGUAAUUUUCUUUUCUCUUCUCUUCCUUUUUCCUUUUAUUCUCUCUUUCUACUUUUUCAUGGAUGGAGAAAUGAGUCCACAUUUUGUAGGAGCAGUAGAGAUGAUGAGUGCCUAAUGAAAGGCAUGGCAUCAUGGCACAUACAUGUAUCAUUUCUCUUGGAGAUGAUAUUGUGCUUAAUUUGGUGGCAUGGAGGGCCACCAGAAUCUUUUUUUUUUCACUUUCACCAAAGCUAAUUACCCCAGGUUUUCCGGAUAUUAUUUCUCCGGUUAUUAUUAUGAAAAAACCUUUGGUCGAGUAGCUUGAUGUAAUGUAUUAAUCAAAGUAAAUUAUAUAUGGAGCUUUUUUCCAGUA